UUUUUGCGCACUGUGCUGUGCAAGAUAUUGCAAGUGAGUGUACAGGUUCAUCUUUUAAUAAACCAUCCCGGCGGCGCGCCUCACAAAACAUACACCAGUAUCAUUUGACAAUUUGUGAGCAAUCAGUGCAUUGUCGCCGCUCUUUAUUCAACGGCAAAUAAUACAUGGAAAAUUGUCAUUCCUAUUGUACGGCCGCCAUUGUUGGUCUAAUGACAGCGUUCAGCUCGCAGUACGGGCCUGGCCGGCUGAGCGGCGGCAAUUUCGGACAUCUCACUUUAAAAAAAUACUAAUCUAAGUUACACCAGCGCGAAAAUGAAUCAGUGAUUAACCGUCAUGGCGUACCCGAUAGAAACGUCCUCCUUAAACAAACCAGUGCAAAAACUUUCAAGAAAUCCUAACCCUUAUCACAUCAAACGACCCAUGAACGCCUUCAUGGUAUGGUCCAGGCUUCAAAGAAAGAAGAUAUCACUAUUAAACCCCAAGCUUCACAACUCUGAGAUCUCCAAGCGGCUCGGCUUAGAGUGGAAAAGCUUAAACGAGACAGAGAAGAGACCGUUCAUUGAUGAAGCAAAGCGACUCCGCAUCAAGCAUAUGCAGGACUAUCCAGACUACAAGUAUCGGCCUCGAAGGAAAAAUAGACCAGACAUUACUGUCUUCAACCCGAUGUACAGAGAACCUAAUAUGCUUGAAGAACCGCGUCCGGAACAGACUUACCAGAUUCCACUAAGCUACUCUGAUCAGUUAAUGUACAAUAAUAUGAUAAGCUACACUGUCCCGACUGUGCCACAGGCGUCGUACGUCCCAGCGAGGCCUAAAGAAGAAGCGUUACCGAGUUUGGACUUGCGGCCCCUGCCUUCAAUUGAGAGCAUCUCCCCGAGGCCGUUCGCGCUCGUCAACCAGCAGAUGAUGGUGAAGGCGUAUCAGGACUUGCACUACGUCUCCGAUGACAUCACAAGGAUAUCUUAUCAUUAUCCGUUCGGUGUCCAGUAGGAGAUGGAACGCGUUUUGGAAAUAAGUUACCAUUAUUUUUUAUCGAGCACCCGAUAUUGAAAGAUGUAAUUGCGUUUUAAAAUAAUGCAAUAGUUCAAGUACCUAGAACCAAAGAUGAGAGGCAAAUAAAUAUUCAGUAAUUACUUCUCACAUUGUACGGCAACGGUGGACUCUAUUGGAACAGAAAGAAUCCUUCCAAUUCUCAUGUAAGACAUGUACAAUAGUUCUCUUUUAGAUAAAAAUAGUUUAGUACAAGAAUUGAUAAUUCCGAGAGCUGAGCAUAGUUACGUACCUAGUACCUACGAUUCUUCGAAUGUUAUCUACCCUAAUUGCUACCAUGCGCUAAGAUACGUGUCUUAGAAGUUACAAGGUUGCUUAUCAGAAUGUCAAAUGUUACGUAAAUAUAUCAAUUAAAACCUAAUGUUUUGAUUUAACUCGUUGGAGAACCCACAGAAAGUUAAAAUAAUGAGUGUGGCAAGAGUUUUGAAAAUGGAUUCUUGUGGGUGUUGACUGGUCAGGGCGAUGAAGGAUAAACAAAUAUUUGAAAUAUAAGCGGGGAAAUGUGGCCAGUUCUAAGUAGGUACCUUCGUAACUGGCGGCGGUUUAUGCCAUUUCUUUAUUUGUAAGUAUUUAUUUAAGUAGUUUUUCACCACAUUAGCUGGUAAAAAACUCUCGUGUUAUUUUUGAAACAAAUGACACAUUUUAUCCACAAAAGUGUAAACACAAAGUUUUAGUUGAUGCCCAAAGCUGGAUGGUAGAAUUGACGUUAAAAUGGUCAUUUUCAAUCAUAAGUGUAAAAAGAAGCACUGGUGGCCUAGCGGUAAGAACGUGCGACUUUCGAUCCGGAGGUCGCGGCUUCGAACCCGGCUCGUACCAA